AUGAGCAAUAACAUGCGCUCUCCCGCCUCUCCAGGGCGUCCUCGGAGACUCCCGGUCUAUAGACAUGCUCAUCCUCCAUCAGACGAGGAGGAGGAUUCCGACGACGAAUUACAUCGCCCCGGAUCCUCCGGCAGCGAUGCCUCUUCCAACGUAACCACGGUCUCAGCGGCUCCCAUUACCCCAGUUACGACUCUGCCCCCGGCGGCGGGUUAUUUUCCCCCCAUCCACGCUCCACACCGGUCACUACGUCGCCUCAACACGCGUCUCGCACUAUGCCAGACUCCAGCGGACGUCGACCUUCUGGUCGGGUCCCCCUCGAUCGAAUUACAGAGACAUCGGUCUAGACACCAUUCUCAAGGCUUUUUUGAACCGUCUCUGCCUACCGCUUCAUCGGAAAUGCCUGCGGUCUCGGCAUCCCGCAUCGCGGCCCAGGCGGCAAUGCAGCAGAACAGACGAUCUCCAAACGUACUCAGCCCCCGCGAAGGCCGCAGUCGUGCUGGCAGUGCCUCACCUCCGCUUAUCCCCCCACCACUGCGUAUCAAUCAGCAGCCGUCUCCGUCUCUUCCUCCUCCAACAGCUCCCAGCGUUGCUACUACAGCUGCGAACGUGGUGUUCCCGCGGGCCGGGCAACCACUACCUGAACAACCGCCUGAGAAACAGAAGAAGAAGAAUAAGCUAUUCUCAAAACCGAAACAUAUCAAUCUCAGCCGUGACAAAGAUCCACGAGACCGUGGCCUCCCCUCACCAAGCAAAAUUGCAGGUCUAUCGCGUAUGGUCAGCGUGUCUACCACGAGCCUCGCCGAUCUCCCGUCCAACAACUCCUCCAUGUACAAUCUCUCGAAUGCGUCCGUGAGCACAGUCGUGCCAGCCGAUCGGUCCCCAGCUCCACCGGAAAAGGAGAAAGAUAAGGACAAACAUAAACACCAUUUCCUGUCCAGACAGAAAUUGAAGCUCAAAGACCGGAGUGACGACCACUAUAACCUGCCCCUCUCCUCGGCUUCUAGCAACUCUCGUCCCGCUGAUCCCAACGCCCCGCAAUCUCUUUAUUCAUUCACCAGCCCGGCAUCACCAGCACCAGGUGCAACAUUUGGCAAAUCAGUCAGUGGCUUGGAUUUGCUACAUGGCGGACGAGCACUACGAGAGAAGAAGAAGGAAGGGAAGGAAAAGGAAAAGGCACUUGCCGAGUCAGAGCAGAUAGAUUGGCUGGCCAAUUCUACUGGUGCUUCGACGAUCUCAUUCCCUGGCCCUUCCUCGCUGAAUAAUUCCGGUGGUGUACUUGGCGAAGCCAUGCUGCGAGAGACACUGCAGGGCUUUGGCUUAAAUAACAUGUCUCCCGAGGAUGCAUGGGACUUUCUCAAGGCUAAGCUUCUGGUUAUCUUUGAUGGUGAGGAUGUGCGCAUUGCUAUUGAAGAUCUCAACAAGCUUGUCCUUGUGCACUUGCAGCGCUGUGUGCACAAGAGGACGCCAGCAGCCAUCAUUAUGGACCUCCAGGAACUGCUCGAAACGGGGUUUGCUACUUUGAACCACAGUUCUUUGGCUGGAGUGCCUGAUGAGAAGCUUGUUCCGCACUUGGUGCAAAUUUGGAUGCUGGUUUUUGGAACGAUCCUGCCGUUCAUCCAAGCUGUUUUCCUUCCACUUGACCUGGAGUUCAAGGGUUGUGGAUCGAUCAUGACUAGUCGCGAAGCACUUGACUUUUGGGGCCCUCCACCAGCUGGUGGAACCCUUGACGUUCGCAGCUUGGUGCUCAUUGCAUUUCGAGACUGUAUCAUUUUGAACCGCUACGAGGCUCUCAAAGCUACCUUUUCUCGUCUAAGUCUCGAUAGCAUCAAUGCAGGGUUUCCAACACUCAGCGUCACAACCAAGAGUGCCGGAACAGGUGGCCGACCUGGCACCGCCGCUUCCCUUGACGCAGGCUUCGGCAGCUUUAACUCGCAGUCAUCCACUCUGCUCAGCACCGGUGCUGCAGGUAGCUACUCCUCCGACCCGGUGAGCGCCCUUGCCAAUCCCCGACCUUCAAGUAGCGACUCUCGCAGCCGUGCUGCGUCCAACACCUCAUCCAACCCAGACCCAAUGAUCUUCUCCUCCGUGUCGUCUCCCCCAACAUCGAACCAGCGCCCUACCAUCAUCCACCGUGUCGGCUCCGCCGACUCCUCGCACGUCAUCACCGAAACCGUCGGCCGCAUGCUCCAAUGCGUCAGUGUACUCGCCAGCGUACAAACAGACGAUCCUUCCCAAGAACGCAUCGAGGUCCUCAGUAAAACUCUCAAGCACAAUUGGCUAGGCCGCGGUCGCACAGGCCGCGACCGACGUGGCUUCGUCGGUGCCAAAAUUCGGCCUGUCAUGGUCGGUAGUACACCUACUCUGGAUGACAAUGAUUCCUUGACGACGGCGGGAAUCAGUAUCGGAGCUAGCACGAGCACCGGGGGCUCUCGCAACCGCGGAGAUUCCGACUCCUCGGAGUGGAGUGGACCUGGUACGAGUCUGCGCAGUGGUCCAAGGCGCGAAUUGAGUGUACUUUGA